UCUGUUCUUUCAGGUUUAAGACCGGAUAUUAUAGUGGAAAUUUGUUCGCGUGCAUUAUCAUUUUGGACCUAUCAAACAACUCAAGAAGCUUGUUUUCAAGAAAUGAUGUACAAGAGUUUAGAAGACAAGUAUACUCAAUUGGAGAAACAAGUACAAAGUUUAAUGAGGGAAGCCCAGUCUGAGGUUACAACAUUACAGAAAGAUAUGGAACUCGAAAAACGGAAAACCCAUGAUUUGGCUGAACAAUUGCAAGAGAAAGGUCGUCAAUUUUCAAAACUACAGCUCAUGUAUGAUAAAUUGAAACGACGAUCAUUGGUUCCGGCGAUACGACAAACUGUUAACAAUACCACUGGUAUUGGUCCAAUUGGUGUAGGUUCGAGACAAAGUAGUGCCUACCCUUCCAAUAUACAACGAUCACAUAAUUGGAACGGUAAUAAUAGUCCAGAAAAUAACAUCCAUAGGACCCAGCAAUUACCCAUAUCUCAACAAGAUUAUUUGGCAAUGCGUGAACAAUCCCCAUUUUCUACUAUUUCAAAUAGUGGAAAGCGGAUGACCGAUGCUUCAUUUACACAAACACGAACUCCUUUUGCGAUGGUAUCUAAUUCUGGUGCCAAAAUUUCUACUCAAAAUAGAGGCGGAAUUAGAUAA